AAAAGCCAAGUGUUCUAGCUUUUAUGUCAUCUCUUUUUCAUAGUGUUUGCACAUUCUGUGAAGACCUGCAUCUUGUUGAUGCAAAAGAAAUCCUUAUCUACAGACAGCAAUCCAAGAUAGAACAAAAGAUGAAUUAAGCGUGGAUAGCAGCAUCAAAGAUUCGAUUGAACUGAUGAAGUGAUGUGCAUACGGAUACGAACAAAUUGGUGACUUUGUGUUCCUCUCUCUUAAGCUGCAGCUGGCUUGUCUCCUUGGAACAUAUCUUUGAUAGAUACCCAGCCAAAGGAUAAGGGAAAGGAAAAGCUUACUCCAAUUUGGGAACAUGACCUUCAAGAGAAAGUUGUCGAGCCGGAUGAAUCUGAUGAACAUGCCUGAAAGAUAAAAGAAGUCGAGAAUGUGUCCCUCCAAUGCUCAAGUUAGUCGACAUCAAUUUAUCUCAAAACCAAUGAGCACUACCAUCAACCAAAAGGUCAGGACCUCAUUCAUCUACAACAUAUAAUAUCUCCCCAUGCAAAACCUGUGAUGAUGAUGUUUCUAAUCUGUUCUUUGAAGAUGCAACCAAUUCUAUCAUAUGGUCAGCAAAAAAGUCAAUGCAUCCAAGUCUCUGUAUAUAUCUUUCCAUUUCAGCUUGAGACAGUCGAGAGCAGAGCAGGUUAACACAAGAUGCCAACGAUAUCGCGGCAUUUGGUCGAUCACUUGGCGUGAUGUUUGUCAACACAUUUGCUGCCAAGUAGCAGACUUAUUCUUUCCCACAUCCAGCUCCUGUGUUUCAAGUGUCCUGUAACAUGUUCUCUGUGCUCACGUAAAGAGAGAAUUCAAACCUUAUCAAGAUGCAAGGCAUUUCUUGGCAUCAAAGCUGACAGUGGAGUUGCCUUCCCAAAUAUUCUUGUAUGAGUAGCCUUAUCUGUUCGAUCACCUGGUUGAAAAAGUAAAGGAUAUCAUCAUCAUCCAACUCCUCCAAGUACCAACUUGGUCUGAAACAACAAGAUGUGAGAGCAUAUACACCACUGGAACAGCACUUGUCUUCCCUUAAAAGCACUGGUGCAUGAGGCCUAAUUAUCCAGUGAUCAUGCACUUUUUGCGCCUAUAUAAGCAAGACUCGCAGCGAGCAGAAGUCGAGCACAACCCGGGCAUUACUGACACAGCCAGUUCUUCCCACAACACUUCUUAACGGAGCUCAUCUUGGUUGCUUCGAUGGAGAAGGUGAUGAAGUUAGCCUCACAACGGGCGGUGGUCAUCUUCAGCGUCAGCUCAUGCUGCAUGUGCUACAGCGUGAAGAGCCUGUUCCAUGAGCUCGGGGUCAAUGCCGCCAUCCACGAGCUGGACGAGGAGCCGAGGGGGGUGGAGAUGGAGAAGGCACUCGUCAAGCUAUUGGGCCACAGGCCGGUAGUGCCGGCCAUAUUCAUCGGCGGUAGGCUGGUGGGUUCCAUAGAUAGGAUCAUGUCACUCCACCUCAGUGGUAAGCUGAUGCCGCUUCUUCGGGAUGCAGGUGGUCUGUGGCUCUAAGUGUUGAUGAUGAAGGAGCAAAGAAGCGAUAAAAGAGAAUACUACAAUGCAAUUAAAAAGAAAUCGUUUCGAUUCAAGAAAAGCGAUGUAAUAUUUAAAACAUGAGGAUUGACAAGAACACUUAUAAGAUAUUUCCAAAUGCACACACUC